AAAUGUGAAGUAAGAAAACAUGGCACAAAAUAACAAUCAUUUAGAAACCUCAAUCCCAAAAUUAUUAUGCUAUGGAGGCCCUCAAUGCAGUUGGAUUAAGUUCAAUAUCUUCUGUGCUUUCAAGAAAACCUAAAAAGACCACAACAACCAUUUCUUCUUCACUCAAAUCACCAUAUGUUGUCAACUCAACCACACAAAAUGGGCUAGUGUUUUUAUCAUCUGUACUGAGCACAGGAUAUGCUAGAGCUCUUACUUAUCAAGAGGCAUUACAACAAUCUACAAGCAACAGCCCAUCUGAUUCUGAUGUUGGGGGCAUUCUUGACGGUCUCACUAGUUUUCUAGUGGAGAAUCCAGCUGUGAUUGCAGGUGGAGCAGCCAUAUUAGCUGUCCCCUUGAUCUUGUCACAGUUUUUUGGUGAUUCUAAGCCAUGGGGUAUUGAGACUGCAAAGAAUGCAUAUGCAAAAUUAGCCGAAGAUGAUAACGCUCAAUUGGUUGAUAUAAGGGCAUUAGCAGACUUGAGACUAGUGGGGACACCGGAUAUUAAAAGUUUGAGCAAGAAGUCUGUCCCAAUUGUGUAUAAUGGUGAUGAUAAGCCUGGUUUCUUGAAGAGAUUGGCUUUCAAGUUCAAGGAACCAGCAAGUACCACAUUGUUUAUAUUAGACAAGUUCGAUGGAAGCUCUGAACUGGUUGCAGAGUUAGUGACAGCAAAUGGAUUUAAAGCUGCCUAUGCGAUUAAAGAUGGUGCAGAAGGACCCAAAGGAUGGAUGAGCAGUGGUCUUCCUUGGAUUCAACCAAAGAAAGGAUUUAGUUUUGAUUUUAGUAGUUUGACUGAUGCAAUUGGGGAGGGAUCAGAUGCAGUUUCUGUUGCUCUUGGUGUAGCUGCAGCUACUGGCCUAAGCUUACUAGCAUAUACAGAGGUAGAAACACUGCUUCAAGUCUUAGGUUCAGCUGCCAUUGUUCAGUUCCUGAGCAAGAAACUCCUAUUUGCAGAGGAUCGAAAACAAACCUUUCUACAACUUGAUGAGUUCUUGACCAAACAAGUGGCCCCUAAAGAGGUUGUCGAUGAUAUAAAGCAAAUCGGAAAGGCUUUCCUACCAUCAAUUUCAAUAAGCACUUCUCUUCCUGCACCAGCAGAGACCAGUGCUACUAUAACUGAAAGCAGUGUAGCAAAAACAGAAGUAGCUCCAGAAGAUGAUUCAGUUCCUACUCCAAUAGCGGAUUCAAACUCCGCACCUCUCAAAGCAGAAGCAGAUGCAGUAUCUAGUCCUGAAGUUGAUACAGUCCCUGCUCCAGAAGUUGCAGCAGCAGCAGCAGUCCCUAAUCCCUCGAGACCACUAUCGCCUUUUCCAUACUAUCCGGAUUUGAAGCCUCCAACAUCUCCUAGACCUUCUCAGCCAUAGAGCAGUAGGAAGGGCGGAGCACUGGAUCACACUGGACUGUAUUUGUCCUACUAAGCUUGAUUUCGGAAAAUAUAUUUGGUUACUGAGAAAAUAAUGGCGCCAUUGAAUUGUUUUACAUUUAAUGAUAGUGAAGAAUUAAGAUCUUUUUCUAAGUA